UUUCUAAUUCAGGUCUAUGUAAAAAACACCAUCGGGCUUCCGGCAAUCCUUCUAUAAAAGGCUUCUUCGAUAACUCGACGGUCUUCUUCUAUCGCAUUUCACAGCUCUCUCUCUCUCUCCUGAUUAACACCAAUCUUCUCAUCGGAAAGAACAAUGGGAGGCGGGAAGGACAAGCAUCACCAUGAUGGUUCAGACCAACAUGACAAGGGAAUUCUUUCAAAUAUUGCUCAUGGACUCGUUGGACAUCCCGGCCAGCACUCCGGUUACCCCCCGCAAGGCUAUCCGCCGCAGGGCUACCCCCCAGCACCCGGUGCCUACCCUCCACAAGGGUACCCCCCACAAGGUUACCCUCCGGCUGGGUAUCCCUCUCACCCCCAAGGGCAUGGAUCUCAUGGAGGAUCAAUGCUAGCCGGUGGUGCUGCCGCCGCCGCGGCCUACGGGCUUCACCACCUAACCCAUGGUUCGUCUCAUCAAGGCGGCCAUGGGGCCUACAACCCCUAUGGCCAUCAAGGCGGCCAUGGGGGCUACGGCUAUGGCGGCUUUGGCCAUCACGGCGGCAAAUUCAAGCAUCACGGCGGCAAAUUCAAACAUCACGGCGGUAAAUUCAAACACGGGAAGCAUGGAAAGCACGGAAUGUUCGGCGGCGGCAAGUUCAAGAAGUGGAAGUAAUUAUAUUUCAAUUAUAUACAUAUCAUUAACACAAAAAUUUGAAUUUUCUUAUGCUGUUUAAAUUCUGGAUAUAUAGUGGUCUUGACUACUUAAAAGGGCCUUCAUUUUAUAGCCUGGGUGUGUGUGUUUGGGUUGCUGCUGCCAUAAUGUUAAAAGCUUCAAAAUGUUUGAAGUUACAGACACUUUGUGAUUUAUAUGCUUGAAUGCAAGUGUGCUUUUAUCUUUGAA